CUGAUUUGAGGCAGCGUCCAAAGCAUAAUGUGAAAGAAAGUCACUAUCAUUUAUUACGUACAUCACUGGACUCCCAAGUUUCGAUUUGAGUUUCUACGGGCAUUCAUUGUCCAGAGUUGGGCCCAAUCAGUGCAAAUUGUUGUGGAUGACAUUCGAGACUCAUAUCGACAAGUUGAUAAGAACACAUCUCCCUCUCGUACUCAAAGUUUUGAGUUAUCUUUCUCCCAUGGUCGGAUGAGAUGAAUUACUAGCUUAAGCUCUGCCACUAUAAUCCAGCAGUGAAGUUGUCUUGCUGACCGAAGAAUUGACAUUCUGUGAGAACGGUGACGUGAAGCAUGCUGAAACGUGCUCUCCUGUCUCCUUAUUGAGACAGGAGGGAGAGCAGCCAAGUGUCUAGAAUGCUGUCUCCAGAAACUUCGAUGCUGAUAAUCUUGAAAUUUACAUGGACGAUAUUGCAAGACUCUAGGCAAGCGAAUCUGUCAAUGUAAACGAGCACUCAAGAAAACGAGGCGUAUCACUGCAGCUAGAUACAUUCUACUGCGAUGAAACUCUGGCCACCUUGUAUUUCGUCUGUAUACGUCUGACUACGCCAAACCAUCGUCGUUGUCGGGUUGAUUUCAUCAUCGACAGGUCUGGAGCGACUCAGAUGGAGACAUGAUAUUGAAUGAAUGAUUGUGUUGAUGGAUAGUUUUCGUCCGAUUAACAGAUUCGUCCGUAUAACAAGAGCAAAGGUCAGAAGACAAAAGAUGCACGCUCAAUAUUUCGAAACAGUGCAGGCACUGCGAUUAACGAACGAAGACAACAAUCGAACAGCCGAGCAUAGACAGCAGUCCCAAUUACUUUCGCUCACAGUAAUCAUCGCAGCCAACAGGGGCUUGGUCAUGCUACUCGGCCCAGAUUCAGAUCCGAAAAGCAAAAAUCCAAAUUCUCGAAAGUCUCGUCUCGAAAAUCAGCAAACCCCGAUCUUGUGCCAGCAGCACGAGACAAGCUCAUGGAGCUCGGGAUACGUAUCUCUCCAAAGCUGUAACUCGACGGCAGCAAGACCGAGCGAGCUUCGAUCGUCGUCCAGCAUGCAAAGCUGCACGCUCCGUGCAUCUGGGGCAGCAGAACCCGCCGCUGACUAAUUGGCCCGGCCCCCAUGGCACCAUCCCUCCCACCGUCGCCCUGCGUCAUUCACGAGUACGUCACCCAACUCAACUCAACUCACUCUCCCGUGGUUCGAACCACGUCCGGUCUACUCCAGACCAGACCAGCGCAGGGCAUCCCAAGGUUAACCCUCCCUGGGUCCCUGACGUCAUCCCAGUGACGUCGCCUGCUGAUGUCAUCCGGUGACGUCAUCCGGUGACGUUAGACAGAACAUGUGCAGGAGAGGAGAGCAGAGAGAGAGGAGCAUGGCGAGAGACACAUCGCUUUCCUCAUUUAGAACCCGAGGAGCAAGUUUCCGGCGGACGCAGCGGAGAGUCCCACCGGAGAGAGGUCGCUGCGAACGCCGAUCCGAGCUUGGAGACCGCAUCACGGCGCUGACAGAGCGGGCGCGAGGCUGACGUCAUGGGACAGACGUCAGCCGGGCGUCGACGGUCGAGUCGAGACGAACGGCGAACAGUUCGAGCCAACUUACGGGCCACUACUACUGACGAGAAGCAGCAGCAGCUGCUGCUGCUGCUCCUCCAUCCGAUUAGAGUGGUGCAAGUUAUCCCGCUCGCUGUGAAUGAGACUUCGUUGGGCACGCCGGCGAAUCGCAGCUUUACUGAAUGCGACCUGUAUGAUGGAGUAGACCUGAUGUCUGUCGCGGUCGGACUCGAGGACGAAAAGAGAGAGAGAGAGAGAGAGAGAGCGACGAGGGCCUUUUCACCUUCUCUCAGAGUGCGCUGACAUACGGAAUGCUGCCUGAACUACACGAGACGGAUGGAAAAAGCCGAUAGACUGGUAGAAAUCCAUCCGCUGGUUUCGGGAACUGUGGCAGCCGAUUGCGCAUGUGGCCAUGUCCAAGACCCGAUGUGGCACGACAAUGGUUCCGGGCCUUCCGAUCCUUGAGAAAUGGCCUUGACCUCAACCACC